AUGGGGGCUUGGAGCUCAAACUCCGAGCUUUUUAUUUCCGUGCUACCCACCAGAGCGGGAUUUCUCUCGCCAGAGCGGGAUAGGUCCUGUAAGGCUAAUGUGGUAGCGGACGCGUUGAGCCAGAAACUGAUGAGCAUGGACAGUUUAUCCUGUUUGAGGACUCUUAAGCGUCCUCUGGCUAGAGAAAUUCUGGCCUUGGAGGCCAGACGGGCAGUCGAAAAGGACUAUCCAAGUGCUGGAAGAUAUGUUGAGGCAUGUGUUAUAGACUUUGGAGGACAUUGGGAUAAGUUCUUGUCCUUGUGUGAGUUAUCCUAUAACAAUAGCUAUCACCUCAGUAUUGAAAUGGCACCAUUUGAAGCCCUUUAUGGGAGGGGAUGCAUGUCUCCCAUAGGUUGGUUCGAGGCUGGGGAACUAGAGCCAUUGGGGGUAGACUUGGUGAGAGAUGCUCAAAAUAAGGUAAGGAGCAUCCAAGCUAAGCUUCUAGAAGCUCAGAGUCGUCAGAAGGAGUAUGCUGACCGAAAAGUAAGAGAUAUGACAUUCGAGGCUAGUGAACAAGUACUUUUAAAAGUGUCAUCUAUAAAAGGGGUGAUGAGAUUUGGCAAGAAGGGCAAACUCAGUCCUCGCUAUAUCGGUCCUUUUGAAAUUCUUGACUGUGUAAGGUCAGUAGCGUACAAAUUAUCCUUACCACUUAAAUUGUCUGGGGUACACCCGAUGUUCCACGUGUCUAUGCUAAAAAAAUACUAUGAAAAUGGGGACUAUAUCAUUAAAUUAGACUCGGUGUUAUUAAACAAGGAAUUCCAGUAUGAGGAGGAAACAGUUGCAAUUCUUGAUUGUAAUGUUCGGAAGUUGAGGACCAAGGAGAUCAAUAUGGUUAAAGUGAAAUGGAAAAAUCAUUCGGUGGAGAAAGCUACUUAG